CACAAGUCCUCACCAAACAUGUCUUUUAUGUCUACCUAAGUUGACGUGAGCAGCCUCCAACCUAUCUGCUCUCUCUAUCUCACCGCUAUUCCUUGUACGUGAGACCAACCUUUCCUGCCUCCACUCCCUUCUUCUUGCUCUCACGCUCGCCUUGGAAUCAAUCAUUAUGAGCGAUAGGAACAGCAGCAGCGGCAGCAGGCUCCGCCGGUGGCUGAAGGCGCCGGUCCGCAUGCUGAGCCGCGCAUGCGACUGCUACGUGCUUUGCAUGACCAGCUGCGCCGACGGGGUGCAGCAUGGCGGCGCGCUCGGGUACCAAAAGGCCGCGCCGCUGCCGAGGACGAGCGGCGGCGACGACGACUUGCGGGAUCUCAUACGGGCGAAUUCGGUGUCCCGCAUGGUCGAAGAACUCAAAUGGGCGUUGCCGCAGCCGACGGUGACGCCGAGGAGCCAAAGCAUGGCCAUCGGGAGGAUCGACGAGGACCGGCCUUGCGAGUUCGAGGACGACGUGAAGCUUGGCUCGGACUACCUGCUUCCGAGGAGCCGGAGUUAUCCAAAGAGGAGGGUGGCAGCGUUGCGUUGAUAGGUUUCACUUUGAUUUGUGUUCUUCUUAGAGGAGAUGGCACGUUUGCUUGGAUUAAUCGAUGUUUCGAAUCAGAUUUGCU